CUCUCUCUCUCACACACACACACACACACACACAUACUUGCAUUAUAGUCUUUUCCUUCAAAGCAUUCAUGGAACACAGCCUUCAUCCCUCUCCUUGAACCCUUCUCUUGGCCUAUCAACUCUCUCUCUAAUAGUUACAUUGUAGUAUAUCUUCAAGGCAUUCACAAAACAAAUCCUUCGCAUAUGGACUUCCAAUUCCUCUCCAUCCUCCUCUCUCUACUCUUCUUCUCUCUAAUCAACUCAUCUACUUGCUCUUCAGAUGAAACAACUAACCAACACCCGGCGCCAACAACACGUCCCUCCAUGCCCGAGUUGCUCCCUUAUCCUCUAUGGGUCAGCGUUGUCAUCUCCUUCUCCAUCGGCUUUGCCUUAGGCCCCUUCCUCUUCAUCCUCUGGAGACUCGCCAUCAGCCGCUGCCGUCGCAUCAAAACCAACGAAGAAGAGCUCGCCGACACUCCCACCGUCUUCAGCCCCAUGCUCAGGUCCAACCUCUCCUUCAUCGACAAGCUCCGACACAACGACUUCCCCGCCGGUCUCCAGGUCAUAGGCCGUGGCGGCUGCGGCGAGGUCUACAAGGCUGAGCUCCUUGUCUCCGGCCGGAGAAUCCCCAUCGCUAUCAAAAAAGUCCUCCAACCGUCCCUCGACGCCGCUAACCUCACCGAAGAAGAGAGCAGGCUUCUCCGCUUUCAAAUGCGGCAAAUCCGGUCGGAAAUCCUCACCGUCGGCCGGAUGCGCCACCCAAAUCUCCUCCGCCUAUUGGCACACGUGCCGCAACCUGAGUGCCACUACCUCGUCUAUGAAUUCAUGCACUACGGCUCUCUGCAUGACGUGCUAAAGCGCGGAGCUCGCGAGCUGGACUGGCCAACUCGUUAUCGAAUCGCUCUCGGAAUCGCCGCCGGCCUCGAGUAUCUCCACAUGGUGCACCGGCCAAGAAUUAUACACAGAGAUUUGAAGCCAGCAAAUAUCUUGCUCGACGACGGACUAAACGCCCGGAUUGCCGAUUUCGGGCUGGCGAAGGUGGUGCCGGAUUUUAUCAGCGGACCGUUCAGUUCGCGUAACAUCGCCGGAACGGUGGGCUACAUCGCACCGGAGUACUUCCAGACAUUAUCAUGCACGGAUAAGUGUGACAUAUACAGCUUUGGAGUGAUUCUGGCGGUCCUGGUUACUGGGAAAUUUCCAAAUGAUAUGUUCUUUCAGAUGACUGAUGAAAUGUUCAUCAUUGGAUGGGUGAGGAGUGUGUUACGAUCGGAUAAUCCAAAGGUGGCGAUUGAUCCGAAUUUGGUGGGGUGUGGGCUAGAGGAGCAGAUGUUGCUGGUGUUGAAGAUUGCUUGUUUUUGUACGUAUGAUGAUCCCAGUGAGAGGCCUAAUAGUAAAGAUGUUCGGUGUAUGCUGUCUCAGAUAAAGCAUUAGAUUAACAAGGAUUCACUACUGUAUGGAAUAGAGAUAUUAGCCUUAAAUUGUAAAAUGAUUGUAUUGUCUUCAGCUAUAUAACAUGAUUUGAGAGACAUCAAUAAUUUAUGACUAACAAUAGCAUGUGGGAUAACAUCGAUCAUGCAACAUAGUAGUUGAUGGAUUAAUGGAUGACAUGAUCAUCUCUCUGUUGAAAUUGGUGCUGGUGGUCCAUUUACUCAAGAUCCAUGUUACCUAUAAUGACACAUAUUCCAUACCAGGAGGUCGAAAAUAAAUCAGAGAUCCCAGACCAUAUGGAGCCCAUGGACAGAGGUUGUAUCUUCCACCCGAAAGAAGAAUUUCCCUUUCCUUCUUACAAAUCCACCAAUGGAUCACAGAAUUAUCACUUUGAGAUAUGUGCAAGCGAUGAAUGAAAUGUUCAAAGUCCUUUGAAAGUUGUGCAUGAUGCAAUCCAAUAGUUGACAUCCUGAAAGAAGACCAACCUUUCUUUCGUGCAAAAAAAUACAACCCGAACUCACAGCUCACUUGGUGCAAUAGAAUGACUGGGUUUUUUCUUAGUGAAUAAAUAGGAGGGGAGGGGAGGGGCAGAACCCCACCCACGUAGCAGCCCUCACUGGACCUCCCUUCCACCAAAGAAUGUUUGAUGCAGGUCGCAAGUUCCCGCAUGCCCUCCCUAACCCGUGGAAAAUCCCACCAGGCCAUCCAUAUGCGAGUACGACACCUCAGCGCCACUUCAGUACUAAUAGAAGAAAAGCAUAUCCACACAGAGUCAUCCGGGCGUGGAACAUGCGGUUCCCUGAUUCAAUCGACGCCCGCGCAUUUCGAACCCGAACAACUCGGGUGGAGUCCAAGCCUCCUUACCACCAAGCUACCUUGGUGGCAAUAAAAUGACUGUUCAAACCUUUACAAAACAAAGAAAAAAUGUUCUAGAUAGUUUUCUUCACCUCCUAAUUUGAAUGAUUCAACACGGUUAAGAUGGGUCAAUCAAAACUGUUCAACAAUUCUCAUUUUCAGUAGACCGAGACUGUUGAAGCCACGACUAAUCUAGUUUUUAAACUACCCGCAACACAUUCAUAAUUCUCUCAUAACCGGUGAAAAUAACCAUAGUUUUUAGCAGGGCAAGUAUUUAAUCAAUGAAGUCAUUCAGCUUCCUCCUUUAAACUUGAGAAAAACUGAGGAAUAUAUAGGAUCUAAGUCUUUUCUUCUUUAACAAAGUCAUCCUACUUCAAUUAUUUUCCUCCAGCCACCGGGACAACUGAUCAACCAGCAGACUCGGUCAGAUGGAGGACUUGCAGCUUAGUCCAAAUCCACGUAGGUAGACUGACAAUGGAAUUCCAGGCUGACUGAAAACAAAAGAUGGGCUUUUCUUUCUAGUGUCCAGCCUCAAAGUGCCCUUCUGAUUUCGCCAUCAACAGCU